AUGUCGUUCUGGGACAUUCCAGGCAUCAAGGCCGGCGUGGUCACCGGCGAUGUUGCAUGGGCGCUGCUUCAACAUGCAAAGGAGCACCACUAUGCCAUCCCCGCCUUCAACUGCACAAGCACUAGCACCAUCAAUUCUGUCCUUGAAGCCGGGGCGAGCCUCAACAGGCCGGUCAUGAUCCAAUUCUCGGAGGGUGGUUCUGCUUUCUUGGCGGGCAAAUCCCUGCCCAACGAGAAGGGCAAACUGCAGGCGUCCAUUCUUGGUGCUGUUGCUGGCGCACACUUCGUCCGUGCUGUCGCUCCAGCUUACGGCGUCCCGGUGAUUGUUCAUUCCGACCACUGUGCGAAGAAGCUGCUUCCGUGGUUCGACGGUAUGCUGGAGGCCGACGAGGCCUUCUUCAAGGCUCACGGAGAACCCCUGUUCUCAUCGCACAUGUUGGAUCUUUCAGAGGAGCCUGACGAAGAGAACAUCGAGAUCUGCAAGAAAUACCUGACACGCAUGGCUCCUAUGAAGAUCAUCCUGGAGAUGGAAAUUGGAAUUACAGGUGGUGUAGAAGACGGGGUGGACAACACUGGAGCCGCAAAGGAGAAGCUAUACUCCACCCCCGAGGAUGUGUGGGCAGUCUACGCAGGUCUGAAUCCUAUCUCGCCCAUGUUCACGAUUGCAGCCGCUUUUGGCAACGUCCAUGGAGUCUACAAGGCCGGCAAUGUGGUCUUGAAGCCAGAACUGCUGGCUGACUGCCAGAAGUAUGCCAGCGAGAAAUUAAAGGCAGAGGGCAAGGACAUUGCGAAGCCACUCAACUUUGUUUUCCAUGGUGGCUCUGGAUCCGAGAAGCAUCACAUCACAACUGCGCUCAAUGCUGGUGUGGUGAAGAUGAACGUGGACCCGUGGAUGCAAACAACGCUCUGGCACCUCCCAGGGAUGUAA